ACUCUAAUCCUUUUCUACAAUUGACGAAGAGAAAUGAAAAACCAACCAACCCGAACUUCAAUUUUUUGGAGUAGAGAAAGACAGAAGAAGAAGAGGAAGAAAUCAUGGGAAUCUACUCGACAGUGAUGGACGCCGUGACAGAGGUGACGGGGCUAUCCCCGACGGCAUUCUUCACAAUCCUUGCCAUGAUGGUGGUUGUCUACAAAAUCGUUUGCGGCAUGUUUUUGGGUCCUGAAGAUUUUCGUCAGAAGCCGCCUAAGGAGCCAGUUCAGCUGGGAGAUGUUACGGAGGAAGAGUUAAGAGCUUACGAUGGCUCUGACCCCAGUAAGCCUCUCCUUAUUGCCAUCAAAGGCCAGAUCUACGACGUCUCUUCCUCCAAGAUGUUUUAUGGCCGUGGAGGGCCUUAUUCGAUGUUUACAGGGAGGGAUGCAAGCAGGGCCUUAGCCAUGUUGUCAUUCAAGCCUGAAGACCUGACAGGGAACAUUGAAGGCUUGAGUGCUGAGGAGCUUGCUGUGUUGGAGGAUUGGGAAUAUAAAUUCAUGGACAAGUAUCCCAUUGUUGGACGGGUUGUUCCAGCAGCAAAUACCACUACAAACGGAGAUAAAGUACAUCUUCAGGACCAAGAUGUAAACGGGCUACAAAAACAACAGAUUUGAUUAUGAUUCCAAGCUUACAACACUUUUUGCAGUAACAAUUUGUACAACUCAAUUCAAGCUUAGAACCUUUGUUUGCCCACUCUUCACUUAAUGUAUCUUAUCCAAGUCAAAUUCGGCUUAAUGAUAGCCGAAGUGAUUCAACUCAGCCCAUCAUACUCUUAUUAAAUAAACAAAAGUUGAAUUAGCCACA